CAGCGCGCAUGUACCGUCAAUUGGUGUGUUAUUGGGUUGGACGCAAUGCAAUUAAUACAGAGCGCGCUAUCCGACUUAAAUUAGGAGUUUUUUUAAAUCGACCCAUUAGAUCGCUCAAGGGUGGUACACAACGUGGGUCUAUUCUUAAACCGAGCUGGAUUUAUUUCAGUAGCAAUCAAACCGGUGAUUGUUACAAUGGUUUAAGGUGAAGUAAUCGGGAUUUGUGCUGUAGUGAAUUAAGAAGUUCAUAAAUACAAUACAGUAAAUUUUUGUAGUGUGCGAUAUUUUAAAAACUAUGUACCACGUAUCACCUGUAAAUAUGUGCUGAUAGUAAUACUCAUCUUGUACACUGGGGCUAUACGACGGCCGGAUGCCUAUUCAGGAGUGUAGCCCAGUGAUGCUGGGUCACGGGCAGGGAAAGCGCGCGGUGACGCUGCUCACAGAGGGCGGCUACUACUACCCCAUCAUAUCGCACUACUCUUACCAGGACCGCUCCCGGGCGCACUCGGCACCACAGCACGCCGGCAGGAUACGCGGCACUCGUCCCAUGCACGGCACCACCAUGCUCAUCGCCCCCGGGCCAUGGACACCAGCAGACGGAUAUACCACUACUGUGAAAAAGAAUUUCGGCGGGAGUAAAUUGUUGAACCCCGUGUUACCGCCUGCCCGCUGCCGCUCCAUGCACCGCUCCCAGAUCCAGCUGGGCCUGACCCCCGGGGCGGGGCAGCAGGACUGGAACACACACUAUACAGAGACCUUCAUACAGAAACCAGUUGUGCCGGCGAACCAAUUACAUUUAACAUCUCUAGUCAAUCGUAUCGAUCAACAAGAAGGCUCUGACAUGAAAGCGAGCAUCAAGAUGGAUUCUUCCCCUCCCACCUACUUCACACAGUACACAAGGGUGCACAGUAAGCUUGGGACCGUACUGGGGACGGGGGCGCCUAGAGAAUAUCCCGUAAGGCACGAGUACAAUGUGAUUACAGGUGAAACUGGUGGACCAUCAUGGCGUGAAGACAACAGACGAGUGUCAGGAGACAAAGUUCUUCAAACAUUAAGAAGGGGAAACACAACUAUUUUAGGAUAAUAUAUGUUUUAUUGAGAUAUUUGAACAUAUGCAAUACAAUAAACAUAAUUCUUUAUUAUUCGUUUUUUUAAGUUGGCAUUUUAAGACAAGGUCACAUGCUUACAAAAAUCUUGCAACAUGAAGUUACAUUUCAAAUUGGACUCAAGAUAGCCGACAUGCUAAAUUAAGCGGUCAAUUAACAUUUAUUCAAUUUUAGAUGGUCCGAAAACGUGAAGCUUGGAGUCAUUACGGUAUGCAUUUUAUGACACUGUGUAGUGAGAGGCAUUACAAAUUGCACAAGGCUGUUCAUGACGUGAUAAAGUGGGACUGUCUGCCCGAUACUGAAACUUCAUCAUUCUUAAGUUGAUUUAAAUUGAUUGUCACCUGGAUACAGUCGACGCGCUCUUGACCAGCCCUUCUGUCUCAGUCAUACUUGCAGGUCAAAUGUACUCAUGAAACAGCUUGUUUGCAUGCUAAUAAUUUACACUUACUUGACAAUUUUAAAAUAACUUUAAAGAAUGAUCACCAUGACUUUGAGUCAGCAUGUCCUUGUCAACACCAGUGUCCCUAGCUCAAAGUCCAAGGUAUAACGGAGAGAUCGAACAUACAAUAUGGGAAUAGUAGAGCCUAUAGGAACUGAAACAUCAUAAUUUAUCGAGCCAUUUUACACACAGGUAACAUGUGAUGACUACAUGUCGCACAUAACAUGCGCAUCCCUUAUGCCAUGUUCACACCUUCAUGCAAAAUGUGACAUGUCUGUAAACAAAAUUUAGUCAAGCAGAAGAAAUGAAAAAGAUUAAUUACUGUGCAAGGUUGUAAUUAAAAAUUGAAAAUCCUGGAGAAACAAUUUCUACUCUCAUGACAUAUUUCCAGGUAACUAAAAUGUUUCCCCUGUUAUGACAUGACAUUUCCCAUACCCUAGAUAUGCAUUUCAAAUGUAUGGCCUUGGUUUGCCGUUGUCUGUAGUUGUUUUUUCCAAAUUGUUAUGUUUGAGAUGUUAUGUAAAUGCUUGUUUACUUGCCAUUGCUUUUUAUUCAUCGAAUAAUGUGGAAAAUAUGCUUAUUUAACAUUUUAAAUGCAUUUAUUCAUGAUUAAAAUAAACUGACAAUUCAAGAGCAGGCCCGAAUCGGUUGUGCCGGUGCUUCCAGAUGAGGCAAAUAUGAUUGUAAAUUGUCUGUUAGGUUCAACUAUAUAUGUAGCAGCUUAAACUUUUUUACAUUUAAAGAGAUUAUUUAAUAAAUAUGUGUUAACAUUU